AUGCUUGAAGUACUUGAGGGACUGGAAAUGGGCUCUGUUGGUAUAUUUCCACCGUCUUUAAAGGCCGAGAUCGAGUCUGAAACUAGCAAAGGAACCCUUCCUCGGAUACCUGCAUACAUGUUUGAUGAUACCGGCGAAAGAGACCGGCUGGGUCCCUCACCGAUACUUAGUGAUAUCAUGACGGUAGUAGAAGAUGCCGAGCAUUGCGUCCGGACGGGCCAGACAGAGGACGGUUGGAAUGCUCUGGUGCACCACCCACUGCUACGGCUCUCCUUACAUGGCGGUAGGAGACGGGGGCCUUCAUUGCUCGACUCUCGCUUAUGUACGAGCGCCAAAAUUAUCAGUCGGUACAUGCCCGCGACACCACGCAAGUCUCGAAGAGUCGACUUUUGUAUGGUCUGCUGCCCUGACCAAGUCAAGACCGAGGCUGAAGCAGUCGCAGCUAUCACUUCUCUUCGGGAAAAGCUUCCGGGCAGCUCCAUCAACCACACUGACGCAGCCAUACUCUCCGACACUCCCAUCGCCAUUAGUAUAGAAGUAAAGAAGGAUGGAGGCGAUGAGCAACGACAAGCUCUUCAACUUGCCAUAUGGCAGGUUUCCCAGUGGAACAUGUGGUCGCAGCUGAUCGAAGGAAGGUUGCUGAGCGUCGCCGCGACGGACACGCAUGGCAGAAACCUGCAAAGCUCCGAUUCGGGUAAUAGCCAGGCCAUCGGCACCGAUUCUGAUGCUCCAGGUGAGGCAAACCCUGCCUCAGAAACUGCUCAUGAUGAGUGCAACCGCUUGCUUCGACAGCUUCCGUUUCUUCCCGCCAUCUCUGUCCGCGGCCACGCAUGGUAUUUGGCCGCAACAUCGCGCAACGGAGCGGAAACGAUACUAUGGAGUGAUUAUCCUAUUGGCACGACUCGAAGUAUCAUUGGCGUGUACAAAAUCAUCUAUGUGCUUCAAAAAUUAAAGUGCUACAUAGAAGACACCUACUGGCCUUGGUACAAGCGUGUCCUGCUCAAAAUUCAGAAAGAAGCGGUCUUACCCCCAUAG